UUCAUCCUGAAGCCUGGCUGAAACUGAUGGGCAGAGAGAAUUCCCAACUCGAGUACCAAUUGAAGCCACCGCCAAAUACAAUCCAAUCAAUCUAUGGUUUGAUGACAUCUGAAUAUUACGCAAUAUCUCGCCAUUCUCUUAUGUCUGGAAAGUGCUGGUCUCUAAUUUUUAACUGGAGAUCAAUGUGGUUGAUAAUAUAGCUGUGUCAUUUUAAUAUUUUAUGUCGUCAGCUCUGCAACCAGGACUUCAAGAAAUAUGCAAAAUAGAAAACCAUAUCAGAUGUUGAUAUACAUCCCUGUUUAGAAACCACCGAGUGAAGAAAGAGCAGACAAGCAGAAGAAAGAUUCAAUCUAUUUAUCUUUCUAAACCGUUUGUAGAUGAUUACGGCUUUGGGUUGGUGUGAACUGUUAAGCAAUUGCCAAAAUUGCUAAUGGGGACAAAAAGUGUUAGAAAGCGUUCCAGAAAUGAAGAUUCGGAUAAACUUACAGUUCCACCAGGUUUCAUGUCUCGUACAUCCUUCCUAUUGAAGAAGGUAGAAAAUUGUGAGGAAUCAUGCAAUACAUCCAAAGAUCCGGACCAGACAAACACUGUAUCGGGUACGGUUGAUGAUGCCACACUAAAGACAUCUUGUAGGAACAGACCUUGGAUACUUUAUGAACAGAACAAUCUGAAUAAAGUGGAAUCUGAGUCUGGCCAACCUGUUAAGGAACUCUCUUCAAAAACUUGUCUUCCAAAAGGUGUUACCCGUGGUUGCCCAGAUUGUGAUGAUUGUCUGAAGGUGACUGCAAGGUGGUGUCCUGAAGAUGCAAAAACAGAUGUCAUUGAAGAGGCUCCUGUUUUUCACCCAACUGAAGAGGAAUUUAGUGACACACUUAAGUAUAUCGCAAGCAUACGUCUCAGAUCAGAACAAUAUGGAAUAUGUCGUAUUGUUCCUCCUCCUUCUUGGAAGCCACCAUGCCUUCUAAAGGAAAAAAAUGUAUGGAAUAGCUCUACAUUUGUUACCCAAAUUCAACGGAUUGAUGAGCUACAAAAUCAGUAUUUGCAGAGCGAAGCAGCUAAAAUUGAUCAAAAUAUGAAUGGCAAAAUGGGAAGGACCUUGAGAGCUUGUUUAGGGUGUGGGGUUGGUAAUGGAUGUGGCAUGAACUCGGAUGAAGUUGGAUGCUUCAAUGUUGAAGGCUUUGAAUCUGAACCUGGACCAGAAUUUACUCUUGAAAGAUUUAAGAAAUAUGCUGAAGAUUUCAAGGACCAGUAUUUUUGCUUGAAAGAUAUGGUUAAGAGUGUGGAUGCCAAUUCCACAGUGUUUCAAGAACAGUCAGAACCAUCAGUGGAGAACAUUGAGGGUGAAUAUAGACGAAUUGUUGAGAAUCCAUCAGAGGAAAUUGAGGUGCUUUACGGUUACAAUCUGGAUACUAGGAGUUUUUGCAGUGGAUUUCCAACUGUAUUUAAUUCUUCGGAAACUUCAGACUACCAGAAGUAUUUGAAAUCAGGCUGGAACUUGAAUAACGUACCUAGGCUUCCUGGUUCUCUUCUCUCUUCUCAUAACUGCCAUACUUCUGGUUUAUUGGUACCUCAGCUAUGGAUAGGAAUGUGUUUUACUUCAGUUUGUUGGAAAGUUGAAGAGCACUAUUUAUACUCACUCUGUUAUAUGCAUAUGGGUGCGCCUAAAAUUUGGCAAGGCAUCCCAGGGAGAUAUGCUGUCAAGUUUGAAACUGCUAGGAAGAAGUACGUUCGAGAUUUGUUAUUUGAACAGUCUAAGUUGCGUGAUAGGAUGGUCACAAAACUAUCUCCUUCCACCUUGAAGUCUGAGGGUAUACCCGUUUAUCGUUGCAUUCAAUAUCCUGGAGAGUUUGUUCUGGUCUUUCCUGGAGCGCAUUAUUCGGGAUUUGACUGUGGCUUCAAUUGUUCUGAGGCAGUAAAUUUUGCCCCCAUUGAUUGGUUACAUUGUGGUCAGAAUGCUGUAGAACUCUAUAGAGAACAGCACAGAAAGACAUCUAUUUCCCAUGAUAAGCUAUUACUGGAUGCAGCCAGGGAAGCUGUCAGGGCACAAUGGGAAAUUUUGCUGUUAAGUAAGAACACCUUAGAAAAUUUAAGGUGGAAGGAUGCUUGUGGAAAGGAUGGGAUCUUAGCAAAGGCACUAAAGUCACGUAUCAAGUCAGAAAGCAACAGAAGAGAGUAUCUUUGCCCCUAUUCACGAUCAAAGAGGAUGGGUGAAGACUUUGAUGUUUCCAGCAAAAAGGAAUGCAGCAUAUGUCUCUACGAUUUACACCUUUCAGCGGUGAGUUGUCCCUGUUCUGCCAACAUAUAUUCUUGCCUAAAUCAUGUAAAGCAGCUCUGUUCUUGUGCUUUGAGCGAAAAGAUUUUUCUAUUCCGCUACGAGAUCAGUGAGUUGGAUGUUCUUGCUGAAGCUGUGGAAGGAAAACUAAGUGCAGUCUACAGAUGGGCUAGAAAUGAUCUUAAGCUUUCUCUUCACUCUUCUGUUUCCAGAGAUGGUUUACAUCCAAACUCUCAACCGGAAGAUUCAAAACAGAAAGAGCAGAAAUCCCUAGAUGCUGCUACAUGUAAUGGCUUUGGGAAGAAGGCCUUCUCUAGCAUCAAAGAAGAAAUGAAGGCACGGAUGCUUAAAAAAAAAUGCUCAAGUUCUGGACCAAAAGAAGAAGAGAAAACUUCAAAACCUUCCGUUGUUUCAAGCAGAACUGCAGAAAAUAGUUCCCUUUUAAGCAGACAGGAGGUGUUAGAAAUCUCUUCUGAAGAAGAUAGUUCUAGUAUCUCAUCCUCAGAGUCUGAGGAGACAUGAGAUCUUGAUUUCAGUUUGGGAAAAAGACACGAUCCUUAGCUUCAAUCGAAAAUAAUCAUGGCCUUCCUGAAACAGAUUUCUUCAUCGUGACUUUUAAAAUGUAUUUCUGGUGAGUACAAGAGGGAAUACUCUGUUUGAGUUCAAAGUUGAGCAUAUUAAAGCUCCAAGAAGAAUUUGAUUCUUACUGAUGUUUAGGGUGACUAAUCAUGUGAACAAAUCUGCCGACCGUACAUUACAGUACAUUCAACAUAAUUUUCAUACCAAAAGAAAAACUUCCUUGAUCAAUAUGAACAAAUUAGCUGAAACAGAGGAUGAAUAUGCAACAGCAGCUUAAGGCACAUACAUAAUUUUGCUAAUGGCGCACUGUUAGAUGAUAGAUGCUUCUAAAGAAGUUGUAUACUUUUGUUCUUAGUUCUCAUAUACAGAUUGUAAUCCUCUUCAACACUAUGUAGUAAUGAAGUAUAUUUGAGCAGUUCAUAUUUUGAGUAA